AUGUCGCCUGCGCUCUGGAGCCGAUUCCUCGUCUUCGCUCUUACACUUAGCGUCUUUCCUUGCACUGCUGUUGCAAUUGCAAGGAACGAGACCAAGGAUUCGAAAGCAGACUCAGACUCCUUAGUCAAAACCUACUUCACGAAUCCGUCCUCCGACUCGACAUCCCAUGGGAUGCCCACCUACGAACUCGGCAGCAUCCAGAACAUCACCUGGACCACGAACCUCAACGUCUACAAUAUCAGCAUCUGGCAGCGCGCGACGGGGAAUGUCACGUCCAUGGACAGCGGGGGUGAUGGCGUUAGUAUACAAGGAGGGAACGUUUUCGAGAGAGUUACCUCUUUCUCCUGGGUCGUGCAAACCUACUCAUUCGACCUGUCACUCUCAUCCAUCUUCUAUUUCUCCAUCGACGGCGAUGCAACCUCUACAUCAAGGGAUUUCGAUAUCACCACUACCGCACCAGCAUCUUCAUCAUCAACCUCUUUAUCCCAGUCUCCAAGCUCGAAUACUGAUGCCCAACCUGCAACGGAACCUACCUCCCUAACCUCAACCGGCAAAAUCGCCCUAGGCCUCGGCGUCGGUGUCGGCGCACCCCUUAUUACUCUGCUUGCAAUCCUCGCGUACUUCCAGUACAGAAGUGGACGGCGCGCAUAUAGCCAUGCGGAGUCGCAGUCGCCGUCACACCUAUUCUCGCACCCGCCCUCAGGCCUGGGCGUAGGUAGUGGUGGCAUGGGGUAUGCGUCACCUUCAGCGGUGGCAAUGUCGAUGGGGCAACAACAACGACAUCAACAGCAUCUUGCCGUCCCACCGCUAAUCCCCGCCCUCUAUCCGAAUUUCAGCGUGGAUCCGGUGGCGUGUCAGUCUGAGCUCCAGCCGAAAUUUGCAAGGCCGGUCCAGCUGCACCCGUGGGAGAUUGAUGCCCAUCCUAGGAUUUAUUCGCCGGUGACUGUGCCGGCGGAGGCUCGGGCUCCUGUUUCCGCUUCGCUGCCCGAGCCGCCACCGCGGCCUCCAUCCGUAGGUUUGGGUGUUGGAAGGUCAGGCUCUGCUGGUCGUGGGAGUGGAAGCGGAAGCGGAAGUGGAAGCGGGAGGUCGAGGUCCAGGUCCAGAUCGAGGCCUAGUACGAAUAGUACUAGGUCGAGGUCAGUGUCAACGACGGUUUCGACCUCAACGUCUUCGUCUUCACCUAGGGCCAGGUCCAGAUCCAAACACCGGGGUAUUGCCGGUGGACCUAGCCGUGGCCAUGGCCCUGACACUGGCAUCGAGGCUAGAGAGAUCCCCGAGUUACCCGGAGAGAGCUAUAAUUUCUUCUAA